UGUUUUCGAUUAUAGCAAAAAAGACUACAAUGUUUAUCAAUGGCUUCGUUCUAAAAAUUUUCCAUAUUAAACUUUUUUUUAAUUACUCUUAUUAUUUGAUAUUUGAAUUAAUUUCACAUUUUCAAAUAUACAUUUGCUAAUUUUUUCUCUCUUUUUCUCGGAGGUCAGCCGUUCGCCCGCCAGCUACCGCGCACGCCAGGCGCCGACCCUAGCCAACAGCCGUCAACCGCUACUCCUUGUCCUCGGCCACUGAUCUUCGCACGGUACCGUUUUCGCCGCCGCCAGUAAAGCCCCUCUUUUAUUCGUCUCCCUCAUAGUUACCAUUCGUUCAGCGCCUGCCAGAGGUUACAUUUGAAAUUUUGAGAUGAUCGAGCCGCUGUCCAGCAAGGGAAACGGGAAUUUGGACGUUUUCGGUAGGUUCUGAAACCCGUUGGAUUGGUUUAAUGAAACCCUUUCGGUAGGUUUUAGUUUGGAAUGACAAUUGACACAUGACACAGUAUAGCUUGGAAUGAUAGUUUUGGCCUGGAAUGGCUAUUGACACAGUUUUGGUUGCGGUUGGCCUACUUGUGUUGGGUACCACUAGUUUUAAUGAUUUUCAAACUCAUGAUUGUAUGUAAUUGCAUUGCCUGAAUGAACCUAGUAGUGGGGUUUUUAGUUGGUAUUUUAAAUACUCAUUCUUUUCAUAUUAUGUUUUUCUACUCAAAUUUUGUUUUAAGUGAUUCAAUGUUUUGACGCAAGGCAUUGAGAUAGAUAACAAAUUAAUGAAAUAUUUUCAGGGGAUCUUGAACAAAAGUUCUCGUCGCCUUUCAUCAAAUUGUCUUGACAACGUUUUGUUUAUUUAGAAAGUUUUAUUUUAUGUCAAAUUUGUCGACUUGUUAUUGUUUUGAGAUUGCAUACAUGUAGUAAUGACUCUUUAUCUCUUUUAGAAAUCUCAGAAAAUCGGGUCCUUACACAAAGUCAGUCCAAUAAAUUUUGAACGGGGUUUGAUUAGAAACAAACUGGGAUGAGUGUUGACAAACUAGCAUCCUCCCCUCAUUUCCACCCAAUUCCAUUGAUAGUAAGAAACUCUCUUCAAUGGAUAAGCAACUCCACCUUACAAUCAAACCCACCUUUCACACCAAAAGGACCAUCCUUUUGGGCCACAAAUCUCAUCAAAUCAUACUUCGACAAAGGCCUAACCAGAGAAGCUUGUAACCUGUUUAAUGAAAUUCCUGAAAGGGAUGUGGUCACUUGGACUGCUAUGAUUGUUGGCUUUACUUCCUGCAAUCACUACCCUCAAGCAUGGACUAUGUUCUCUGAGAUGUUGAGGAGUGAAGUUCAACCAAAUGCCUUCACUAUGUCUAGUGUUCUCAAGGCUUGCAAAGGCAUGAAGGCUCUUUCAUGUGGGGCUUUGGCUCAUAGUCUAGCAACCAAGCUCGGUAUUGACAGGUCGGUGUACGUCCAGAAUGCUCUCUUGGACAUGUAUGCUGCUUCUUGUGCUACCAUGGAUGAUGCAUUGAGUGUGUUUAAUGAUAUACCACUGAAGACUGCUGUGUCAUGGACUACUUUGAUUGCAGGGUUGACUCACAGAGGUGAUGGCUACAGUGGGCUUCUAGCUUUCAGGAAAAUGUUACUGGAAGAUGUUGGACCAAACUCAUUUAGCUUUUCCAUUGCGGCUAGAGCUUGUGCUUCAAUCAGCUCGUAUUCAUGUGGAAAGCAAAUACAUGCAGCAGUCACCAAAUAUGGUCUACACUGUGAUGCUCCAGUAAUGAAUUCAAUACUCGACAUGUAUUGCAGGUGCAACUAUUUAUGUGAUGCAAAAAGAUGCUUUGAUGAAUUGACUGAAAAGAACUUAAUUACAUGGAACACCUUGAUAGCGGGAUAUGAAAGGUCAGAUUCCAGUGAGUCUCUGAGUUUAUUUUUCCAAAUGGGGUCUGAAGGCUAUAAGCCGAAUUGCUUUACAUUCACAAGUAUUACAGCUGCUUGUGCCAAUUUAGCAGUCUUAAGCUGUGGACAACAAGUUCAUGGUGGAAUUGUUCGUAGAGGAUUUGACAAGAAUGUGGCAUUGAUCAAUUCCCUUAUUGACAUGUACGCAAAGUGUGGAAGCAUAAAUGAUUCACACAAACUUUUCUGUGAUAUGCCUGGAAGAGAUUUGGUGUCCUGGACUACUAUGAUGAUUGGCUAUGGCACACAUGGAUAUGGGAAAGAGGCUGUGAAGUUGUUCGAUGAAAUGGUUCAAAGUGGAAUUCAGCCUGAUCGGAUAGUGUUCAUGGGAGUCCUAAGUGGUUGCAGCCAUGCUGGACUUGUGGACAGAGGACUAAAAUAUUUUAGAUCUAUGCUGGAGGACUACAAUAUAAACCCAGAUCAAGAAAUCUACAGGUGUGUGGUGGACUUGCUUGGCCGUGCUGGGAGAGUUGAGGAGGCUUUUCAACUUGUCGAGAAUAUGCCAUUUGAACCUGAUGAGUCUGUAUGGGGUGCUCUCCUUGGAGCUUGUAAAGCGUGUAAACUUUCCAAUCUAGGGAAUUUGGCAGCUCAAAGAGUAUUGGGUACAAGGCCAAACAUGGCGGGGACCUAUCUGCUGUUGUCCAAUAUAUAUGCAGCUGAAGGUAAAUGGGGCGAGUUCGCCAAAAUGAGGAAGCUGAUGAAAGGGAUGGACAAAAAGAAAGAAGUGGGUAAGAGUUGGAUUGAAAUCAGAAAUGAAGUCUAUAGUUUUGUGGUUGGAGCUAAGAUGGGCCCUCACAUAGAGUGGGUGCACAAAGUUAUCGAUGUACUUAUUUGGCAUAUGAAAGAUGAUGGGGAUGUGGCAGAUUUAAAUUACAUAGUAGAUUAUCUAGAAGGGACUUAAUCUAGAACAUGAUAACCCGGAAGACCUCAUGAAGCAAUAUGAAGUUUGGAAUAUCAUAUGCUUCCUUUUUCAAAAAACAUCGUUGUCAACAUGAUUGAAACAAGAAGACGAAAAUGAUAUUUGCAAAGGAGCUGAAUACCAAGACAUUGGUUUCGACCACUCCCUCUUGAAGAUGAGAUUUGGGAGCAUCCUCAAUCCUAGCAAAAUGGAACCAUCCAACCAUCGGCAAAUUCAUCGUUGAUCAUUGAUGUCCAGGCAUAGUAACCGAGCAAAAAAGACAACUAGUCACAACAUGAUGUGCAAUCUAAAUGAUGUAACAUAUAAAAAACUAGAGAGGUUACUUUUUAUUUUUUAUUUUUCAAAACUUUUUACUGUUAUGUAAUUAUGUAAUUUGCAGUGUUGAAGUGAUUAGAGAGUCACAUUAGGAGAUAUACAACAAUUGGAGGUAGAAGGUGUGAGCCACUAACUUCCUCGGAGAUAUAUAUGUUUACACUCUUAUUUUGAUAUACAUGCACUUCCAUCCAUCGUUUACAUA